CUGCUUUAUGUCUGGCAGCAGCGGCCAUGCGCGGUCGCCAUAUUACUGCGCACCCCUCCCCUCCGGCCCCGUCACAGACAGCGCAGACCACGGCAGCGGUGCAGGAGGCUCCAUACUGAACGACGCUACCGCCGGGGCGGACCAGUGAUACAGCAAAACCCAAACGAGGACCCAGAGGAAUGGAUUUAACCCGUGUACGGCGAUUUUAUUAGAAGUGUUUCGCCUUUUAAAGCUUCUAACUGCGGAUUAAAGGUGGCUCGCUUUCACUUCGUUUCCUCUUGUUAAAAGAAUAAGAAUAAAAAACCCAGCAGUUUAAACAGCCGAGUUUGUGUUUAGCUAGCCGGUGAUGGAGAGUGGCAGCUAGCUAGCUUUUAAUAUAACGCUAACUUACUCAGCAGCUUUUUUGCCCGCUUUUUGUGUUCAUUGCAGCGUGGCGUCUUUUUCUCUUCAACAAAACAUACAGAAAUGUUAGCUUGUGUUUAAUAAAGGCGCAGACGGACAGCUCUGGUAGUUAACCGGCGAACUGGCAUCAGCUGACGCUAGCGGCCACUAGCUUCUUUUGCCUCGCUAGGAUAACGCCGAAGCGAGUGAAAGAAGACAAGGGUGUAAAUAUCGGCACAACUUUUGCCUCAUAUCUGCGCACUUCGUUGAAAUAUCUAUUGUUUUUUUUUUCUAGAUAAUUUUUUUGGUCGUUUGUCUGUUGAGCGUAGUUUUGUCAAAACGGCGCCUUUAACGAGCUGCAGCCUUAUUGCAUACUGUCAGAGACCAACUACCGCCCGGAUCUUCUCGAAAUGCAUCAUCCGGACCCUGCAGGAGACUCUGGCAGUGUUAGAAAGAUGGCGCACCAGGCUGUCUUUCACAGAAGGGGGAGCAACACUGGCAGCGGGAGCGGCCCCGGGCUGUCAACAUCAGCUAACCCGGUGGUUAAUAACAGCCACGUACCAGGCGAUGACUACCCGCCCUCCCUGUUGAUUCAACCUCCUGCUGGCUCAUCCUCCCCGGGUCCCCAUCAUCCUCCUCCCCCCCACAGCCUAAAUCUGCUCUCCCAGCCCACACAGUCCACUGGAGCUCAGAUAAAAAAGAAGAGUGGUUUCCAGAUCACAAGUGUGACUCCAGCACAGGUAUCUGUUAGUACCAAUAACAGCAUUGCAGAGGAUACUGAGAGCUACGACGACCUGGAUGAGUCCCACACUGAGGAUCUGUCAUCUUCUGAGAUUCUGGAUGUGUCCCUCUCCCGAGCUAAUGAUGUAGUUGGAGCAGAGAGAAGCUCCUCAGAGGAGACGUUGAAUAAUUUCCAUGAGGCGGAGACCCCUGGAGCGGUCUCUCCAAAUCAGCCUUCACACCCCCACACCUUGAACCAGGCACAGAAGCAACACGGUGGAGCCAUGGUGAAUGGGACUGUACACCAUCAACAUCCUCCACAUCCUAACCAUGCCCAGGUCUACCCUCUGUCCUCUGGCCCCGGGAGCACCUCAUCUGGUCUCACCUCUGGAGCUUUACCUUGUGUCACCCAGAAAAUGCCUUCUAAUAAUGGCGGCCCUCAAGAGAGAGUUUCCCAGGCUGCUCCUUCAAGUAUCCCCACUCAGCCUACGGGGACUGCAGUCCCGGGAUCUAUCCCUGGAAUGCACAGCUCUGCUGCUGGCAAUACAGUUAGCAUAGUUAAUCCCCAGACCAGCAGUGUUAGUAAUGUGAAUAUGUUGAGCUCUGCCAACGUGCCUGUGAGAGGGGGAAUCAGCACGAGUGCUAGCACUAGCAGUGGCGGCUAUCCUCUCAAUGUGAUGAGCAGCAGUGGAGGGAGUGGAGGAGGAGAAAGUGCUGCUGCUACAGCUGGGAGCAACCUUAUGGCCCCCACUAGCAUGAUCCAGCAACACCAAAACUUAAACUCCAACAUUGCUAUGACUGCUACAACUACUGUUGCUGUGAGUGCCUCUGGAGGCGUAGGGCUCCCCAGCGGGCUCCAUGGAAGAGUUGGAUCAGCUGUGCAGCAGCCUGUGAGUGCAACUGCUACAGCUGCGACCACAGCUCCUGUAUCAUCUGCUCCUGCGGCCCCUGUGGUGGCCACCACCACAAGCUCUCGCUUUAGAGUGGUGAAGCUGGACUCUAACUCUGAGCCCUUCAAAAAGGGCAGAUGGACUUGCACUGAUUUCUAUGAUAAGGAGACCCCAGCUCCUGCCCCCACUUCUUCUUCUGAUCCUGCGUCCCACAGCAUACGGCAGUUUGUCUCUGAGAGCUUUGCUGGGGGGUCAGAGAGAGAAAGCACAAGUGGGAGUUCUGUGAGUAGUACUAUGAGUACAUUGAGCCAUUAUGUCGAGAAUGUUUGCAGUGGAGAUGUUGGUGGACCACAGCAUGCACAGGAUUACAACUCCCCUCCUCAGGGCUUUCAAGGAAUCCUCCCCAGCGGUUUAAGCAUGGGAGUAUCUCACACCCAACCCCAACAGCAUGAUAAAACUAAUGCAGCCCCCUCGGCACCUACAAACGUUCAUCAGCCUCCAUCCAUGCCGAGCCACCAGACUACCAUGGGACUCACUGCUGUGCCCCAGCAGCAGCUCACUUAUGCCCAGGCAGUUGCUAAUCAACCCCCAGUAGGUGUUCAGCAGCAGAAGUUGGGUUAUGCCACCCUACCACAGCAGCCAGCUGCUGCCCCCCAAGCACACACAAUGUCGAUGAGGCCACCUGAGUACACACAGCCGCAGCAAAGCAUCCCUCAUUCUUCUGCUGCUUCCCAGGCUUUGUCCAACCAAGCUGGAUCCACAUCUGCUGGGAUGGCUAACGGAGCCUGCCAUAUGAUGGGAGGUCCUCAGCAGCCCCACUCUCUUCAGUCUACCACCUCUAGUAUGCCCUCUCAUGUCGGGGUAGCUGGUGUUGGCCAGCAGCCUCAGAGCCAUCCAGGCCAUUUGGAUUGCCAGCAGCAAAAGCCGCAGUCACUCCCAACACAAAUCCAAAACCAAGGACUGAGCAACCAGCUGCCAACAGCGGCCCACCAGAGCCAGGCGUCUGCACCAAGUGUGCCUCCCCCCAACCCUCAGAGCGAUCCCCAGGCCCAACCCCAAGCUCACAACACUGGGAAUACUGCUCGGAUGCCCCCGCAGGGAGUUCCCCAUAGCCAGCUGUCUUCUGUGAGCUUGACCCAUGACCACAGCAGUGCCCAGGCCCUGGCUCACGCUGCACAGGCCAGCGCCCUGUAUGCCAGUCUGCCGAGCUUCACCACCACUCAGCUGCAAGAUGCCCAGCGGCUGCUCCUCCAGCAUCAGUCGGGUUUGUUGGGGCUGCCCAAGCUGUCUGGAGGAGAGACUGGAUCCAACACUGGCCAUGGUCAGGAAACUGAGGGCAACGCUGCCACCGCCAGUGCCUUAACAGCACCAGCUGGUCUCAAGACUGUAGAUGGAGAAGAGGAUGGAUCACCAGCCGACAGAGGCCAAGCUGCUGCACUCUCUCUGUCCUCUGUCAGUGGGAUACAGCGCAGGGCUCAGCUGGAUGUGACGUUUCUUGUCUUUAUCAAGUGGCUGCAGUGAUUCAACAUUUUACCUCACCCGCCCGCCUGCUUGAAAUCCCGGCUGUCUGCCUUACAGGGCACAUUUUCUGCUGGGCGCACUGUUCCCUGUAGAGACUCUCAGCACAUUUUGUUGUUGAAAAGCAGAAAUUACAGUAGCAGUUGUCGACAACUUAAUGAGCAAUAAAAUAAGACAGGUAUGAAAUAAA